AUGGUAAUUUACUUUUAUGUUUAGCAUUAUUAAUUAUGUUAUUUCAAAAUUGCAAAUAUAUUAUUGUCUUAACUAUAUUUUUCUAAUAUUUAAUUUCUCAAUGAAUUUUUCAAAAAAAGUAUUCCAAAAGGAUUUAUAUUUAUCAAUAAGACAAUUUGUCCGAGUGGUUAAGGAGGAAGACUAGAAAUCUUUUGGGUUUACCCGCGCAGGUUCGAAUCCUGCAGUUGUCGUUUUUUUUUUUUUUUCCUUUCUCUACUAUUAUUUAGUUAAAUAAAUUCAACAUCAAAUUACAAUAAAAUCUUUACAAUAAAAAGUAAAUUUAAUAAAUUUUAUAAAUUUGAAGAUAUUAAAUUUCUAAAAAAAAUGAACGAGUUUAGGAUGAAAAAAAAAUGUAAAAUUCCAAAUCAGGUAAAAUCAAAAGAAAUCUAAAUAUAAAUUGACUCUAGACUAAUCUUACUAAAUGAUUAAAAACCCUAUAAUCCAACUUUUAUUAAAGAGGGACAAUAAAAAUUAUAUCAAAUAUAUGAAAUCAGCAGAAAAAAAGAAUAUGAAUAAAUUUUGAAUCAAGCUUAAGAUCAAACUAUUAAAAGUUAGGUUCCCAAGUCUCAGUACUGUUGUAUCUGUAAAAUUAAAUUUGAGGACUAUUAUUAACAUAUAGAAGAAGAUUUACAUAGAUAAAAGCUGAUAAAUAAUGAAUUUUAUAAGUAAAUCCUUGAUUUUGGUGAUCAUAUUUAUUUUAAAGAAAAUGAUGAAACAUAACAUGAUAUUUCAAUUCAACCAGAUUCCAAGUAAAUUGUGGUUUAAAAUGAUUAAAAUUUGCUAUUCGAUAAAAAUGAAUUUGCAAAUGAUAAAUAACAGCUUGGAAAUGAAACAAUUAGAAUCAUAGAUGAUGAUAAAUAUUUAGAAAUUCAAAAAUGGAAUCAAAUCAAUUCAUAGAUAGCAACUUUCAAUAAAUAAUUUAAAAAUAUUUUAAAAUAAGCUUAGACUUUAGUUAAAAGCAAAUUUAAAUGA